GUGCGCGGCCCCGAGGCUGAUGAUUUUAUUGUGUGCAGCUGCGUGCGCGGCCCCGACACACUGAAUACAUGGAGCGGAGACUGACGCGCGGGAUGUUUGAGCUUCAGAUGGAUGACUGCCUGCUUCGUGGAGACUCGUCUCGACUCGUUUCUCUGCUUCACUAUGAAGGACUGAACAGCUCCACCCUCACCAGGCUGCACCACCUGGUUAACAAGGAACUGCGCAGCAGCAGGUUCUGCAGGGUUCUGAUCGUCUUGAAAUCUUUGUCGAUUCUGUCAGAGAACGAUGACGACUUGCAGACUCUGGUCAGCCUCGGCCUGACAGCUAAGGUGAUGUUGUGGUUCAAAGCUGUUCACGACCUGCUGACCUCCAAUCUCCAGAAAGGCUCCACCCCCCUGCUGAGCCUCACUGAGGAGUUCUUCAACUACUUCCUGCUUCUGGGUCGAGCUUCUCUUCCAGCUGGUCAGCUGUCUGUGCUUCUGCUUCACCUGGCCCACCUGUGUCUGGGAGCAGAAGUUCCCUUCCCACUGAGACUUGAGGCCAUCAGAACCUUCAACAGCAUCCUGGAGUCCCUGAGCCGACAACAGAGGAGACUGAUCCAGAAUGACCAGAACCAGACCCAGAUACUGUCUCAGGUGGCAGUUGCAGUUCUGACAGUUGGAGACUACGAGUUGCAGGUCAGCCUAUCAGAGGCGCUCUGUCGCCUGACGCCACGCAGAGAGCGUGAGCAGAGAGCCAAUCAAUGGUUCUCCAGCAGUGACAUCAGCUCCGCCUUCUGUGACAUCAGAGAUGCUGACUUUGAGGUGGACUGCAGACGUUUCCUAAACUUUGUUAACUGUUACCACGGAGACCAGAGGAGAGUUUACACCUUCCCCUGCCUGCAAGCGUUCCUCGGCUCCACUCAGUUGUUUCGACCCAAAGAUGACAAACUGGACGUGUUCUGGAUUGAUUUUAAUCUGGGUUCAGGAUGUGUGAGCUUUUUCAUUGAUGAUCCUCAGGGUUUCCUGUGGGGGUCCAUCCACCUGCUGAAGGAGGAUGUGGAUUAUUACAAUCUGCAGGUCAAACACAACGAGACGGUCCUCGGCGUCAGCCUGAUCAAUCCCAUCAUGCACCUGAAUAUCAGAGGUCACAUGGUGGAGCUGACCUUCAACACUGAACACCACAGAGAGCUGGAGGAGGCUGCAGGGAGAGUCUUCAAAAAAGAAGUGAGUUCAACAGGUGCAGGUGGAGCAGUCCAGGCCUCCCCCUCUGUGGACAAACAUAUGGGUCGGUCCUACAGCCGCAAGAAACCACCAAGCAAGAGCCAGCUGAAGAUUUUACCGCUGUCGUCUCCGAGCAGCGAGGACGAUUCCUCCUCACUGAAGGCUGCAGCCACAAACCAAACCGAAAUUCUGUUUGAUCGGAUCCAAAACUCCACUCCUAAAUUCAGCUCUAGUUUUCUGUCACAGUUUGAUCCCACUGACAGUGACGUGUCAGAAGUUCACCUGUCGAACCUCAAACGGCCACCAUCAGGUGAUCCACAGGGGGCGGAGCUUCAGAUAACGCAGGAUCUGACUGAAGGGCUUGUAGGAAGGAGCUCUCCCUCUGAGAAGGAAGGUCUGAGGAAGAGGGAAGCUGCAGAUUCAGGCUACCUGUCAGACCAGACGGAGGGCGUAACACCCCACAAGAGGAAAGCGGAGCCUCGGCAAACCUGUGAGGAGUCUUGCUCACCAAUAAGAGGGGUGGAGCAAGCGGCUGAGGAGGUUCUUCACACUGAUGGGGUGUGGCCAAAUCUGACAAGGGAAAAGGCAGAGCCAGAGUCACACCUGACAUCUGACAUCACUUCUACAUUCAAGUCCUUCAAAACCCAGCUGGAGCAACACUUCAUAGGCUGCUGGCAGAAAGUCCAAGCUGAGGUUCUAGGAUCUCUAAAACACUGUCAGCAACAUGUGUCCUCCCUGCUCACAGAUGUCCAUCAGCACAGGUUGUUGUUGCUGCAGCAGUUUGAAAACAGCAUCGUGGAUCAGCUGAAGCAACUGGAAGAAAACUCCAUAAAUCUGAACACCAUAAAUUCUCAGAUCCUGACCUUCUUCCACUCUGAGAUGGAGCACCUGACUACGUUUUGCGAGGAACACCUACAAAAGUUGAAGACCUUGGAACCCGACCAGUUGAAGACAUAUUCAUCCAACCAUUAAAGAAGUUGCCACUUCAGCAGACCAGAGAGACCCCAGAUGAUGAUGUGAUUUGUGUUUAAUAGCUGAGAAGAACCUGUAGGCUCUUCUUACUAAACUGUGACCUUUUGUUCUGUUUUCUUAACAUUAUUUUCUUCUAAACAGACUGAAACACUUUCUGAGCUGAACAAAUUAAAGACUAAAACUAAAAGCUG